AUGGCCACACAUUCCCAAUCUCAAUACCAAUCUCAAUACCAAUCUCUUCCUCUGCAAGACCGAGUGGUGAUCGUCACCGGUUCCUCGCGCGGAAUCGGCCGCGAAAUCGCGAUUCACCUGGCUUCGCUCGGUGCUCGAAUCGUCAUCAAUUACACUUCCAACUCGUCCCAAGCCGACUCAGUCGCCGCCCAGAUCAACGCCAACACCGCUGCACCGCGCGCCGUCGUGGUCCAGGCCGAUGUUUCUGACCCGAGCCAAGUCAAAUCCCUAUUCGACUCGGCCGAGCGAGCCUUCUAUUCGCCGAUUCACAUCCUGGUCAACUCGGCGGGCGUCCUCGACGGCACGUACCCCUCCAUUGCAAACACCACCGUGGAGUCCUUCGAUCGUACCUUCGCGGUGAACACGCGCGGCGCAUUCGCGUGUGCGAGAGAGGCGGCGAACCGGCUGAAGCGCGGCGGCGGGGGGCGGAUCAUCCUGGUGACGUCGUCCCAGGUGGCGGCUCUACGUCCAGGGUUCGGCGCGUACGCGGCAUCGAAGGCGGCAGUGGAGGCGAUGGUGAAGGUGCUGGCGAAGGAGCUGAAGGGAACACAGAUCACGGCGAACUGCGUGGCGCCGGGACCCAUCGCGACGGAGAUGUUCUUCGAGGGGAAGACGGAGGAGACUGUGAAUAAGAUCGUGCAAGAGAGUCCUCUGGGAAGGUUGGGUGAGACCAAAGACGUUGCACCUGUUGUGGGGUUCUUGGCCACUGAUGCUGCAGAAUGGGUCAACGGUCAAAUUGUUCGUGUCAAUGGUGGCUACAUUUAG